AUGGUCUGUGGAUUCCACCGGGAUCUGUGGGAACACUCUUUUGCUUGUUACUUUGUGUGGACAACCCCUGCUGGCAGUGGAAGAAGACUCUUCCUUCCCACCUCUAGGCUCCCUAGCACUAGGGAAAUGUUUAACCCCCAAAGCGAAGCCUUUUGGGGGGAGCGGAUAAAGAAGGAGAUGGUUGCUCGGGCCACCUGGAAUCUCCGCUAUGGUCACAAGUACCUGACAGAGGGGUCCAGGACCAGGAAGCAGUUCCGGCAGGCACCCUGUGGGUCAGUCGUGAAAGCCGGCCCAGUGCCUGCCACUGGUUCCCCUGUGAGAAAAGAGGUAAAGGCGGGAUGGCCAGAGACCGAGGGGGUCCAGGGAGACAGAGUGAGGCAGGCCAGGAGAUCCCCUCGGUACUCAGCAGCCCAAGGCAGGCCAGAGGACUUAGAAAUGAGGCCCCCCACCCCAGCCACCCUGAAGCUGCUCUUCCAAGGCAUCUCCCGUGAUGGCCAGGGCCGGACCCAGUACCUCAAGGAGCGGAAUCGCCUGAUACCAGAGAAGAAGUACAAGUACCCGAUGGUGUCUUCCUGGGAGUAUGGCUGGCAUGUGGGGGAUGUCAUGAAGGAUUAUAGCACUCCAACUCACGGCAAAACUCAACCCAUCGCAAAGUCAUUUUACAUCAAAAGUAGCAUUUUCCCUAUUUCGCGGCGAACAGAUGACCUCAUGUGAACUUGGCCUGGAAAGGGCCUCAGUGGCUUCUUUUUCCUAUCUGGACCAGCCAGGUGGGUGAUGCUGCAGGCCAGCCCUACCUCACUCCGUGUUCUGCUGAGCCUUGCUUCCUUGGCUGAGAGUGACGUGAAGAAGUGACCACAGACGUACACCUCUGGCGUGUACCGUUGGCCUAUGUUGUGGCUCCCAUCUACACACAGAGAACUCCACUCCUCACAAAGCUGCCCCCAUCCUGCCAUCACCAGCAAUGCUGCUCCUUUUCCUGGGGAAGACAAUGAGAUGCCAAGUUGCACCAGCAGGCCUGGACAGUGGAGAAAUUUGCUUAGCCCACAAGGUGCUGAGGAAAGCAACGAUCUCCUAGUGUUUAUUUCUCUAAAUUGAACUGAUGGGAUCUAUAGCUGAGUCGCUCUGUCCCAGUGUAUUCUACAGUUCAGGAAAGAACUUGCCAUCUUCUCUGGCGACUUCCCUCGCCCCUGCCUCAGUCAGAGAUGCCCUGCCUCUCUGCCCUGCAUGCUGCAACAAGCAGCCCCUA